AACGAUUGUAGAUAUUAGAUACCAAUUUAAUGCUUCUAAUUCGGCAAUUGUUUACUUGGAACUAAGAUUCAUCGUGGGGUUUCUUUGCGCGAUGGGGUUCCUGAUCUACAAAUUCCGAAGAAGGCAUUUGUCCGCGUACGAGGAAAUAGAGAGCUUCCUACAAAGUGACAACCAUUUGUCCCCCAUCAGGUACUCCUAUUCAGACAUAAAGAAGAUGACUAGAAAUUUUCGAGACAAACUAGGUGAAGGUGGCUUCGGCUCUGUUUACAAAGGAAAGCUUCGGAGUGGCCAUUAUGUAGCAGUCAAGCUAUUAAAGGCCAAAAUAAAUAACAAAGAUGUCAUCAAUGAAAUCGGAACAAUUGGGAGGAUCCAUCAUGUCAAUGUUGUUCAAUUGUAGGAUAUUGUGCAGAGAGAUCUAAGCGUGCUCUUGUACUCGAUUUCAUGCCAAAUGGCUCUCUUGACAAGUACAUCUUCAAACAAAAAAAAAAGCAUCUUCGCUGGAUUGGGGUAUGAAAUUCAAGAUUGCAGUUGGAGCGGCCCGAGGGAUUGAGUAUUUGCAUAGUGGUUGUGAUAUCAAGAUCUUGCAUUUUGAUAUCAAGCCCCACAAUAUGCUUCUUGAUUACAAGUUUGUCCCCAAGGUCACCGAUUUCGAGCUAGCAAAGUUAUGCUCCAUAGACAAGGAGGUGGUGACGAUGACGGCUGUUAGAGGCACCGUAGGCUAUGUUGCUCCGGAACUCAAUUGCAGAAGCAUUGGCCAAGUGUCUCACAAGGCCGAUGUGUAUAGUUUUGGGAUGUUGUUAAUGGAGAUGACAGGUGUAAACAACAAGGAUGAUCCAAACAAGUAUUUCCCGGAUUGGAUAUAUGAUUGCAUUAAUAAAGGUGAGGAGCUUGGAAUUGUUGAAGAGGACAACAAUGUUGAUGAUGUGAAUGAGAAUGGAAAGAAUGUCGUUAAGAAGAUGGCAAUAGUUGGCUUGUGGUGCAUACAAAUGAAUCCUGACAAUCGACCAUCAAUGAAUAAAGUGUUGGAGAUGUUGGAAGGUGACGUUGAAGAUUUGAAGAUUCCAGAGCAUCCAUCUCACUUAGUUAAUGAGGCCAAGAGUUGGGCUGCGGAUCACAGUCAGAGUCGGAUUAUGACAGUGAUAGUAUAUUGAUUAGUAUAGCAUGAAUAUGUAUGUAUUCCCACUGUUUUUGCUUGAAAGGAUCAAGCAUAUUUGUAUCAAA